CAACCACUACGACGCUUCUGUGCGCUGUUUUGACCGACCGACGGCGACCACGGAGGCAGCACAGUCUCUCUGCCUGGGCAGCAGUCGUUGCCCUUAAAACUCCGACAUCGAUACCGGUGCCCGUGCUCGCGGAUCGACGACCAUGUGGGGGCAGAGGCCACCCUGGUUGCCAACGGACGCGGCUGGCUUGCACGAUAGCCCUCGACCGACAAAAAGGCCGCGCACUCGAUCAAACCGGAUGAAAGACUGGCUCAGACAGCUGGCAACGCCUACUACGGCUCCGGGAUCGACACACGAUUCGCAUCUGUCGUCUUCUGAACCGACUCACAGAUUGUUCACUGAGCGAGUGCAAGUUUCAAAGCGAAAUGAAGCGCAUUCUGAAGGUUCCGACGACCGACGGUCCGGCUCCCCGGGCCCAAUCUCCUACAUUGUCGUCGACGCAGACUAUAGCGCGCUAGGCAAGGCGCCAGAUUCGUCGGGAACGGCUACCCCGGUUGGGAUCAACAGUUCCACUAGCCCGCGAACGCGUCAUUCAAUGGAAGGCAGGACUGGCACCUACAGCACCCAAGGUAGUGCAGCCUUUCGCGCCCCAAGUAUCGGCUCUUGGGCGUGGUUCAAACUCAUCUUCCAGCUACGCGUCUGGCCAGCCCUCGUCUAUUUCGCAAACCCAAGGUUCCUCGACCAAAAGAAAGAGACGCUGUAUCGCAAAGAGGCUUGGUACUCGGAGAAGUUUGGAGCCGUCUUCUCGUCGUUCCUCCUCCUCAUCAACUGGAUCUCAUUCUGCUCACUGCUAAAGAAGCCCACAAAGUUUCAGCUAUGGGUGAGGAACCAGGCCGUUGAUGGAGCUGAUCGCCAGUCGUACACCCUGUUGUGCGGUAUCCCAGCACUUCCCCUCCUCCCGAUGCUCCUUCUCAACUGGCCGAUCAGGCGCAACUGCAUGAUGCGCUACAGCUACCAGAUCUGCUUGCUCGUCGCGGUGUGGUCGUGGUCGUUCCUGCUUGCCGUGGACAUGAAGUUCUGUAAUUUUGGCCAACCUGGAAGCACCUGCGACGACAGAAAGAUCAUUGCCCAGGCUGGUUAUGUCGUCGGGCUACCGACCAUUUCCAUCCUGUUCAUGCGUCAGAAUCGCUUCCUACACUUGCUCUGCACCCUUGGAGCGUCCGUCUGCUGGCUCGUCACCUCGAAUGAGCUAAACGGUCAGAUCCCCCUCGAAUACUGGAGGACCCCAAUUGGAUGUGAGUCGGUAGCUGAGGGCGAUAACCUGACAACAGUCGUCAUCUAUCACACCUUUCUCAUCGGCCUCGACUUUCUACGAGAACGAUCCGGAAGGCAGCUGUUCGAGCUGCGCGAGGAGCUCAAGUCGCAGUACCGGGCUGUACAAUCGGCCCAGGUCAUGGAACGCAAGGCUGAGCAGUCCAAGGAGCGCUUCGUGUCGUAUAUCUUCCAUGAAGUCCGCGUUCCCCUCAACACAGCACUGUUAGCAGUCCAGAACCUCCGCGGCGAGGGCGUCUUCCACAACCUGAACGAGGACAAGAGUGACAUGGUCCAUGGCCUCUCCAGCUCUCUAAGCCUCAUGGAGAAUGUCCUCGACGACGUCCUAUCGUUCAACCGCAUGGAGUCGGGCAUGUUUGUGCUCACCAACCGACCAUUCGACUUUCAAAAGGCCAUGCAGCUCAUCGCCCUGGCCCACCGACUCCAAGCCCAAUCCGCCGGCAUCGAUCUCCUAUUCAACUGGGACCCUCGCAUCUCGGCCCUGCCAUUGCUGCUCGGCGACGAGAUGCGGCUGCGCCAAGUCGCGUCCAACCUUGUCAGCAAUGCCAUCAAGUUUACACCAAAGGGCUCGGUGACUAUUACCACGUCCAUCGUCCGGUCUGUGCCGCCGAUGGCGACAGCCAUCGCGCCCGAGGGCCUCGAGGAAACCGACGCCAAGGCGUUCAUCAAGGACCUGGAAAAGGGCGACGUCGAGGUCGAGGCCGUUCGCAUGUCCCUGGGCUCGCAGCCCGGGGAGACGUCGACCGCAAUGUCCAGCGAACCGUCGUACGGCGGCUGCAAGAUUGUCGACGACGAGCUGAGCCAACCCGAGUCCGACAAGUGGGUCGUCUUGCGCGUCGAAGUUGCCGACACUGGCGUCGGCAUCAAGGAAGAAGACAUGGAGGAGGGGCACCUCUUCAGCCCAUACUCGCAGAGUGAAGUUGGGAGACGCCAGGGCGGCAAGGGCUCAGGGCUGGGCCUGGCCCUUGUUCGGCAGAUUGUCCAGCUGUCAGGAGGGCGUCUGGGGGUCGACAGUCAGGUUUGAAUGUCCAUUCGCCUUGGCUGGACCCAACCACCUCACACCAGCAUUGGGGCCGCGCACACAACCCCCGACGCCGCCCAUGUCAUGUCAACCUCUUCCAUCCCCUCCGAUAUCUCUGUCGCGGCCGCCGGUAUCACGCCGCGCGCCGGCAUUCGUCCCCACGGCUGCAGCGUCGGCGUCUGGCGACAACAUUGCAACGACUCGGCCGCUCUCUGUCCCACCGAGCUCACCGACGUCGCCAUUGACGCUCCGCUACCCCAUGGCAGUCACUGAUGGCUCACCCAUGUGGGACGUUCCUCCGCCAUUCGGACGCGGCCCGUCUGUGGACAGUGUGCCGAUGACUGCGCUGUCUUCGGCCCCGACAACACCAGCCGCCACUAGAGUUGUAUCUGAUCCCAUGGCUUCUGCAGCGCCGCGCGACCCCACUCGUCUACGGACACUUGUGGUCGACGAUGACAAACUCACCCGCAAGCUCAUGUCGCGAAUGCUGUCACGACUCGGUCACGAUGUCGACAAUGCCGACAAUGGCAAAACAGCCCUCGACUUGAUCAUGUCAGAGUACAGCCAAGGCCGAUCUUACGAUGUCGUCUUCUUGGACAACCAAAUGCCGCAGAUGACCGGAGUCGAGGUCGUACGGGCCCUUCGCCAAGCCCAGAACGGUGUCUUUGUCGUGGGCUGCACUGGCAAUGCCCUUCGCGAAGACCAGAGAGAGUACCUCGACGCAGGAGCUCACCAGCUUCUCCCCAAGCCAAUCCACCAGAGCUCAAUCGAGCUCAUCCUCGAAGAGGCGCGCCAACGCCGUGCCCAGCAUGACCCAUCCCAAUCAACCUAGGUUCAAGUUAUACGCAUCACUGUUGUCUUACCACUUGCACGGCAGCCAUUUCACAUCGCCGGCUGUCUGUACCAUUACCCAAUUACAAUGCAUGAGCUAG